ACUAUGGACUUCGAAGUUCGAGGGGAUCUUCGAGUGAGGUUCAGUGAUUGUACGAAAAGUCCUGCGCAGCGACGCUCAAGUACUUGAUGGGCCAUGGCACGAGAGUGGGGUAGUUAGCAUUCUACCCUGGACAGCGGCAGAUUAUUGCGCAAGCGCACCCUAUUCAGUGUGCAUCAAUACCGUGUGUGAGUUCAAGAGAGGGAUUCGAGAAAGCCUUUGAUAUGGUUGCAGACAUGGAUGGAGGAAAGCGGAAAAGAAGUAUCUGCUCACGGCAAGAGCCGUUGGCUGCACUGAAGAUCUUGAAAGAUGGGAACAACAAGCGCGACGAAAUCCCCGAUAGAGUGACUCUGAAAAAAGAAAUAGGACUUUUAAGCGCCUGUACAAUAAUCAUAGGGAACAUCAUAGGUUCUGGAAUCUUCAUCUCUCCUAAAGGGGUUCUAGAGCACUCGGGUUCAGUGGGUCUAGCCCUGAUUGUGUGGAUACUAGGGGGAUGUAUAGCUGCCCUGGGCUCCCUCUGCUAUGCUGAGCUGGGGGUCACCAUCCCCAAGUCAGGGGGGGACUACUCCUACGUCACAGAAAUAUUUGGAGGCCUUGUUGGGUUCCUUCUGCUGUGGAGUGCAGUGCUCAUCAUGUACCCUACCACCCUGGCUGUCAUCGCCCUGACCUUUUCUAACUAUGUCCUACAGCCUGUCUUCCCAGACUGUGUCCCUCCCUACAUGGCCACACGCUUGCUGUCAACAGUCUGUCUAUUGUUCCUGACCUGGGUGAACUGUUCCAGUGUACGUAUGGCCACCAGGAUCCAGGAUGUUUUCACGGUGGGGAAGCUGGCGGCCCUGGGUCUCAUCAUAGUAGUCGGCCUGGUGCAGAUCUGCAAGGGUAACUACGAGGGACUGACGCCUCAGGUGGCCUUUGAGUUCAGCACGACUCCCUCGGUUGGGCAGAUCGCUCUGGCUUUCCUUCAGGCCUCAUUCGCCUUCAGUGGAUGGAACUUCCUGAACUAUGUCACAGAGGAAGUGGUUGAACCGCGACGGAACCUACCUCGUGCCAUUUACAUCUCUAUCCCAUUGGUGACCUUUGUGUACACGCUCACCAACAUCGCCUACUUCUCCGCCAUGUCACCCGAGGAGCUGCUGUCAUCCAAUGCUGUGGCUGUCACAUUUGGAGAGAAGCUCCUGGGGAUGUUCUCUGUCAUUAUGCCCAUCUCUGUAGCCUUGUCUACGUUUGGAGGCAUCAACGGCUACCUCUUUACAUCUUCUAGAUUGUGUUUCUCUGGGGCCAGAGAGGGACAUCUACCCAGCCUGUUGGCUAUGAUCCACUUUAAGAACUGCACCCCUAUCCCUGCUCUCCUCUGCUGCUGUACUGCCACCAUUGUAAUCCUGUGUAUAGGAGAGACACACAACCUGAUCAACUAUGUGUCCUUCAUCAACUACCUCUCCUAUGGAGUCACCAUCGCAGGCCUGCUCUAUUACCGAUGGAAGAAGCCCAAACUUUACAGACCAAUUAAGGUAAACCUACUAGUUCCUAUCACCUACUUGAUGUUCUGGGCCCUGUUACUGGGAUUCAGCCUGUACUCUGAGCCUGUAGUGUGUGGUGUUGGGCUGGUCAUCAUGCUCACUGGUGUACCCGUCUACUUCCUGGGGGUGCACUGGAAAGCCAAGCCAAAGUGUAUCUAUGACUUCAUUGAGUCAGCGACCUACGUGGCACAGAGGCUGUGUUUCGUGGUCUUCCCCCAGUUCGACCCCAUCGAGAUCAGUCCAAUCGAAGAAUGGCCCGACAAAUCUUCUGACACUCUAUCUAGGAAGUCUUAAACUCUUUUUGCCUUCUAAAGUAUUUUUCUUUUUGUAUAUUCUGUCACUGUAUGAGUACAGACACGGCCCGUUCCUUAUAGUGGAGCCCCUUGUCUGGUCUCUGGUAACCUCAGACUCAUAUCCAUUUCUUUACAGCUAGGUGGAAUUGCCUGCGUUUUGAUGCAUGGGCCACUUGCAAAAAAAUGUAUUCUCUUUUUGUACUAAGUCGUCAAGGACAACAAGCUAAUGGCAACAGCAUCACAUUUUGAAACAGACUUCAUAUGCCCUAAGGAAGUAUUAGAGCCUUUGGGUUUUAAUUGACCUAAGAUUUACUGUGUAUCAUUGUGCCUUUUAGGGGAAAUUGUGUACCUUAUUAACAAAAUGUAUCUUACCUAUUAUUUGAAUUUGGAAUUUGCUUUGCUUUGUGUGUUCCUUAUGAGAAUUUGAAAAGCACUGUGGUCUUCCAUAUUCUGCUUCUUGCCCGUUGUUAAUUUGCCACAUGUCAUGACUUCCUCAGAUUUGUGAACAUAUUCAAAACUAUCUGAACAAAGACCUCAGAGCCUUUGACUGGAAUCCUUUGGAAAUUAAUCUCUUUAGCCAGCAACAGCCAACAACAUAGAUGUGUUCUGAUUGUAUACUGCUGAAUGAUAGAUGGUUGUAGUUCAUAGUUGUGUGUCACUAUGUUUUUACAGUAAUUAGUUUGUUUAACGUUUGCCAUUGCCUUUAACACUACUGAUUAAAUUUCAUAUACUGUAAAUACACAACAACUGUAAUGUUCACAGCUAACAUAAUGACCCAAACACCAAUUUAUACCAGUGUUAUGUGGAAGUAAACCUGCUCACAAAAUGCUUGCUGGACUUUUCUAAUGCUUGCUUCUAAACUAAGAUUCUAAUAUCAACUUAACUUAUUUUAUUUUCUAUUCACUACCACACUUAAAACGAAAUGUUGUGCUGGUACCCUGACAAAAAUAUACAAAAGGCCUUUGCUUUUCCAGUGGUGCACUGUACUGCCAUUCCAUUUAUUUUCCCCAAACAGAGCUCUUUAACUGAUAUUGUGUUCUUCAUAUGGCCAGGCCCUUGACUGUUACUGUAAAAAAAAAAAAAGAUGAUAUGUUGCAUUUCUUUUGAAAUUAACAUACAUUUUAAGUAGCCUAGAUUUGUAGAUAUAUACUGUAUUGUAGUAGGUAGAUGGAUACUGUACUUGAUACCACACAUUACUCAAGGAACAUACUUCAUGCCAAUAACCAGAUAAUGAUGUAGGUUUAGGAUAUCAUUAUGUAGUUUGUUAGUACUACGUGAGUCUGAGUUGUCUCUCCAACAGCUGCCAUGAUCAUUAAGCCAGUCAGGUAAAACACAGUGCUUAUGCAAGAUUUAUUACUACUUUAUAUCCAUUUUAGUUCAGAUUUCUAGAGCUGUCUUGAUAUGAAGAGCUUUUACACUGUAAAUUAUUUGUAAAGCAUCAGGUGUUUACAAUGGGUUCAGUACUUGGAAUGCUAACUGGAAUGUAUUUUAGUGCACUUUUUUGUAAAUGAGAAAAUUACAAUAAUACCACAAUAAAUCAAAUAUCUAUCGGAAAUGAA